ACAAGUCGAGUCUUGUUACCGACGUCACGGCAGUUCACAGCAGCGAUUGGUUGGAUUGCGACGAGUUUCGGCAUGUCGGUUUUCGCCGGUAUAAAAUGUGGAAGGAUUGGGAUCGGGUAAACCAACACGUUAUACGCAGAAGAUAGUCUAGUCUUACUUUGACUAAUUUACGUGUUUCACAGCUGAAGCAACAUGCCACCUAAAAGAAAAGCACCAGCGGCCAAGACCAAAGCUGGGGGCAAAAAGGCUAAAAAGACUGUGCCCGAGGAGCCGUCUGUGUCAACGACGAAGGAUGCCAUCACAAAACUGAAGACUCAGUCUAACAAGAAAUCCACACACAAACCAGACAAGGUUUGUCCCGUGGCUGCAAGCACUGAGGUCUACGACGAUUAUGACUGCAUGCUGAAUCAGACGAACAUCGGCCACAACAACAACAAGUACUACGUGAUCCAAGUGUUGAAACAUCCGACAGCGGCACAGUACUAUUCCUGGAACCGAUGGGGAAGAGUGGGUGAGAAAGGAAGUAACAGCUUAAAGGGACCCUUUAAAGAUGCGGAUGCCGCCAUCAAAGACUUUGAGAAGAAGUUCAAAGAUAAAACUAGGAACAGUUGGUCAGAACGAGACAAAUUUACUCCCAUGGCUGGCAAGUACACCCUCAUUGAGAUGGCCGAUGAGGAAGAGGACGAGGUCGAUGCUCCUAAGGUAGAUAUUUCUGGAAAGAAAGUAGUACCCAGCAAGCUAGACAAAACAACUCAACAGCUUAUUAGUCUGAUCUUUGACCACGACAUGUUCAAUUCUACCAUGAAGAGCUUUGACAUUGAUGUCAAGAAAAUGCCACUGGGAAAACUCAGCAAGAUUCAGAUUGCUAAGGGGUUUGAGGUCUUGGAAAAAAUCGAAGACGAACUGAAGAAAUCCAAGCCUAACAAUAAGACCUUAAUGGAGUUGUCCUCAAAGUUCUACACAGUUAUUCCCCAUGAUUUUGGACGCAUGGUCCCUCCAGUAAUUAAUACUUCCGAAAGCCUUCAGAAGAAGAUGGACAUGUUGGCAGUUCUUGGAGAUAUUGAAAUUGCUACAAGUUUGGAGAAGGACCAAGAAAAAGCCAUUGCCGCUGGGGUUAAAGAUGAGAUGGUGCCAAAUCCACUGGAUAUCAACUACAAACUGCUGAUGUGUGGGUUGGAACUUGUUAAUCCAAAAUCAAAGGAAUUUCAGAUCAUCUCGAAGUACACUGAUAACACCAUAGGUUAUCGGAAAGUGAAAAUUAGACACGUGUGGAAAGUCAACCGUGAUGGAGAGGAUAAGAAGUUCAAGGCACAUGAUAAAAUACCUGAUCGAAAGCUGUUGUGGCAUGGUACAUCAGUGGCUGUAGUGGCAGCUAUUUUGAAGAGUGGAUUGCGUAUUAUGCCUCACAGUGGCGGCAGAGUGGGAAAAGGGAUAUACUUUGCUUCUGAAAAUGGGAAGUCUGCUGGUUAUGUGGGUGUGGUGAAUAAAACUGGAAUCAUGUUUCUCAAUGAAGUGGUGCUGGGUAAAGAAAAGCACAUCACAAUGGAUGAUAGCUCCCUUACUGCAGCACCAAAAGGCUAUGACUGUGUUGUCGCCAAGGGAAUACAAGAACCAGAUCCCAAGCAGGACACUGCUAUAACAAUAGAUGGCAAGAAGGUAGUAGUCCCACAAGGCAAGCCUGUUAAACAGUCUGCAUUCUCAGGCAGUCAUUUUUCACAGAGCGAGUACCUCAUCUAUAAAGAAAAUCAGAACCGGAUCCGGUAUUUGCUUCUGAUGGAUUUUGCUUACUAAUACAAUGAAAAGCAGAACUGGAUCCACUAUCAUUCUACUCUACUGCAGAUGGACUUCUCACACUACACUACAUGCACAGAGAGUGAUAUCGGCAUCAGGAUCUGGAUCUCGUGUCUACCACAGAUGGAUUGCUCACAUUUUAGUACAAAGAACACAACUUGGCACAGAUUUUCAAAGCUGUCUUAGCACUAUGAUAUUGUGAACCUGUUGUAGGCCACAGCAUGCAUCGUUGUGACAUCAUAGCUUACAACUGGUUUAUGAUACUGUUGCUCGAAAAUAGCUUCAAAAAAUCUCUAGCUAGAGGUUUAAUUCAGUAAAUUCUCAUAAAUUUACAAUCUCGCAGUGCAAUUCAAAAAAGAAUUGUAAGGACGAUGCAAAGUUGUUUAAGCGAGCCUAAGGGAGCUUUGUGAAUUAGGCCCCAGAGAUUUGGAUCUGGAUGUGGAUCCAAUAUUAACUACAGUUGGUUUCUCAUUUUUUAUUACUAGAAAGAAACCCAGGGAUUGUGUUUCUAAAACUUGAGAUUUUGCAAAGUGUCCAGAUUUUAAGGGUUGAAGUAUAUAAAAACCUGUUUUGUUUUUCUCUUAAAUGCAUGUGUUUAAGCAUUGUAAAUAUAUGUAGUUACAUGCAUGUAAGCAAAAAUUUGGCCCUAAAUAUGUAUUAUUUGUAUGGGUGAUACUUUAUGAAUGUCUUGAGUCUUAGACUUGAAGGUUCUGUAAGCAUGGAUAUAAGUUAAAAAUGAAAUGGCAUUCCUAAAAGCCAUCUUUUUGUGAGUCUACUCACAUAUUUCCAAUUCAGUGAAAGCUAUUUUCAUUCAUUUUUAAAAUAUGAAAUUGUUUUUAACCUAACAAAACGUUGUUUUUAAUAUUUGUUUUUAUUUGUUUUACAAAUUUGUUACUUAUGACAUCAUUAAUAUGUCCAUAUAUAUAUAUAUAUAUGUGGUUGUAUUUAUGUUUUGGUUAGGUCAAAAGUAUAUGUAUGACUGUUACAUUAUUUGUAAUGUUUUCUGGUGUUUAUUGUUGAUAUUUAAUUGGUUAAAAAGAAUCUAAAGAUAGGAGUUAUUUCUAUAAUGAACAAAGAAACCUCAAACAAAACCAAAUGGUUAUUUUAAUGCUUGUAAUGGUUGAAAAUUUAAAAAUAGUUUAUGAACUUGUUACUUUUUUAUGUUUUAAAAAUUAUUUAUUUAUCUUUGGUGCAUUUGGAGAGAUACUGUUUUCCAUGAUACUGUUAAACAUUGUGAAUGUUAGUUGGUUUUUGUUUUUGUUUGUUUUAUUAAGUUUACUGUAAAUAUUUUGAUUUGUUUUAAGCAUUUUAAGAGUUUUAUGCUAAUUAUAAAACCUUUUUUUCUGUGAAAUUGCUGGCUUUCAAGGGUAAAAUAGUUUCAUAAAUAUUCAAGAAUAUACAUUUUUAUUAUUUUAAAUUUACUGUAGAAAUCUAUUUUCUGAGUUUAUUAUUUUUUUAUUAGGAUAUUGUAGUUUACUGAUCUGAAAACAAUUAAAUGUACAAAACAUGGAUGUAGGGAUAUAAAGUGAGUUAUGAAACACUGCAGGUUUUUGUCAUUCUCGUAAUCAGUAAUAAAGGCUUGAAUAUAGGGGUAAGGAUUUCUCAUUGGUAUUUUCAUUGUAAUGCGUGUUUUCAUUAUUUUGAUUUAUGUUCUUCUCACUGGCAUUGUUCAUAUUCCACACCAGUGUUUUUACCAUUUAGAAUCUUAAUAUUCAUUCCUGUUGUUCAGCCAUGACUGUACUGUGUGUUGUUAUCAUUUAGUUUGUGUAACUGUCAUUUGUUUACUGUUUAGAUUACAGCAUAGAGUGAGCAGCUGUAUUUGUGCUUUGGGAUUUCUCAUAACUUCACAAUACCUCACACAAGUGUAUAGUUAUAUAAUAAUAUGUAGGUUUAUCUUCAGUAGAUUUGUUUUGAUUAUUUCACACUAUAUGGAAUUCACAAUACCAUGUUUUACACAAUUGUGUUACUCUGUUUUCUGUACAGAUGUGUUUCUGUAUCUUGUACUAUCAAACUGUUUUACUAUCUGUUGUUGUAUUUUUUCUGUAGAAUUGUCUAUAAAACUGUGUUGCUAUAUAUGAUCUAUAGAAUUGUUACAAUACUAGGUAUCUAUUCUUUAGAACUGUUACUAUAUAUAUAUAUUUUCUGUAGAAUUGUUACAAUAAUAGGUAUCUAUUCUUUAGAACUGUUGCUAUAUAUACUCUGUAGAAUUGUUAUGGUAUGUUAGUGUAUUUGUAGAAUUGUGUUACAUUAUGUGUUCUGUAAAACUGUCACUGUGUUUGUUCUCUAGAACUGUGUUAGUGUUGAUAAUGGAUCAUCAUAUAUUGUGUUCAGUGUUUUCAUGCUAUUGUGGUAUUAAAACUUACUUUGCAAUUGAACUUUCAAAAAUAGUUUCCUCCAUAGCGUUUACUCACUUGUAGGAUAUUUGUGCUGAAAACAUAGCACUAAUAGCAAGUUUGAGAUCUACUCAGUAACUCACUUCAAAGAAUUACCUGAUGUACAUUAGUUUCGAACUGAAUGUCUGCCAGCACGUUUUCUUAACUAAGGUUAAUUGGUCUUCCAUGUUUGUGGAAUACCCGGUUAGUUGGUUAGUUAAGGUUGCAGGCUAUCAAAUUGCAGUUCGAAUCGGUGCAGUAGGUUCAAAUCAUGCCAAUUGACACUUAGUGUUUUUAAAUAUUACUGGUAUAGCACUUUAUUAUAUGGGACAAUAAUUGGCCUAAAGACAUUUAAAGUAAUCAGAUUAUUGUUAUGUAUUCUCAUUACUGGUAAUAGUAAUCAAAAUUUUAAAAUUACAAUACUUUAAAGGUCAAGAUUAGUAUUUUACAUCAAAAUUAGAGCAAGUUUUGCACCAAACCCC